AUGGAUGAUAAAGAGCUGCAUCAAGCUCAAGAAUCUUUGCUGGAUAUAAAGCAACAACAACAAGCACAACAACAAGCACAACAACAGGUACAACAACAGGCACCUCCACAGCAGCAUCAUCCAAUGUUUGCAUCUCGCCAACAACCAUACAUGUCUCAACCGGUACCAAUACACCCACACCCACACCAACAGCCUCCAAGCUAUCUGCCACCUCAACAACCACAACAUCAACAAUAUAUGCAUCAGCAACACCAACACCACCAACAGCAAGAGCUGCUACAGCAACAACAAAACCAAUUAUAUCAACAACAGAUGCACAACCAGCAGUUGCAACAAAACAUUCAAAAUCAAACAACUGCUAUUAAUAACCAAGCACAACAACAAGCGCAACAACAAGCACAACAACAAGCACAACAACAAGCACAACAACAGCAAUUUCCCCGACGUUCACCGUUGAUGGGCUCUUCCUCAGGAAGUUCUAGCAAUGCUAGUAGUUUGAAUUCUGUGUUAACUGCUCGCACUCAAAAGAGUUCAGUUUCAACUUUUCAUGCCGCAGAUCCAGAUAGGGUACUCAAAAACCCUGGUGAUAGCACAGUCUCUCCAGACGAUAAGCUGGACUCUAACUCCAACCCAAGUCUUAAUUUGAAUGUCGACCCAAAUUCUGACUACUCAUCUGGUACACCUGGCUUGGGAUCAUUACCAAUCAAUCCCAUUUCAUCAUUUGCCCCGCUUACCACAAACAAUGCACAAUCCGGUGUAUUUCCAUUGAAAGACCAAUUUGACAUGAUGAGAGCAGCUAACUCACAGUUGCUUGACGAAAACAGGGAGUUGACUAGAAAGUUGGAAGAGGUGAUGCGCAAAGUAUCAGUUAACGAUGCCAACAGUUUACCCUCCAUUAAAUCACAACCGGUGACGUUAAACCAAGGUACAAAUAAUAGUGCUAGCGCCACCAUUGGUACUGGCAAUCAUAAUAGCAAUAAUAGUAGCCAUAGCAAUAGCAACAGUAACACCACCAGCAAUGGAAACAGCAGUGGCAAGCGUGAUAGAGCCUCAGAUUCAUCCUCUGAAGAUUUGCCUUACAAGAAGGAAAAAGUUGGUUUUUUUGGCCACUCCAAAGCAAGCUUUCCAAAAGAUCUGGCGAGUGCUAAUCAAGGAAUGUACUCUACCAAUAUUCCAGAUGGCGAUAUUCAGCCCAAGGAGUCCUCAAGCAAUUCAUCUGGCGGAAGCAGCGGGGAUGAAGUUGGACAACAGCAGAUUUCGUCGGAGUCUCAACCUUUAGCUAGGGAACAAAAGAGUGCACAACAACAAAGGAAAUUGCACAAGCUAAAGCAACGUAAUAGGUCAUUGUCCCAUGGUGAGCACGUUUUAGUAAAUGAUUGGGAAAAAGAUAUUGAUACUUUUCAAAUGCAAGAGUCCAGCAAGUCUAAUAAGAUGGCGGAAAAGAGUCUGAGAAAAAAGAAAUUGCCCAUUUUACCAUCAUAUUUGUUGAAAUAUGAUGACCCCGAUGUCAGCACUGAUUCAGACACCUAUCACGAUGUGUACAAAUUGAACUUUGAAGUGAUUGUGAAAUUGGUGCAAAAAUUCUUUGAUCUUAACCCACACUAUAGAACCUUUAUCUCGGCAAACCAAGUAUUUGGAUUUUUAAAAUCUUAUGAGCUGAUAAGCGAAAGGGACUGGGAUAAUGACGAUGACUUGUUAUUGUUGUAUAUGAUUUUGAGCUUGUCCAUACAAAGACUCAGUCCUAAGGAUUAUGUUGAGUUAAAUUUGUUGCCGGCAGGCUCAAUCAAUACCUGUACCAAAUACAGAAAGUUUCUCACCAGAAAUGUAUUGCACAAGAGCUUUGAACGUUUGAGAGGUGGCUUGAUCAAUGAAUCAUUAUUGUCAAUUCAAUCAUACAUUUUGUGUAUUGAAUGGUACUUUUUGGAGCAAAAAUAUGAACAAUGUUGGACAAUGAUGUUCCAUGCAUGCUCUAUCUCGUAUUCGAUUGGAUUACAUAUUAUGGGAAACUAUCGCUUAACUGAAGCUAGCUCGGGUAAGCAACAAUUCAACCAUUUGAUUAGCGCUAUUGCAGAAGAUUCGGACGUGAGCGACAAAAAGGAAGUUUCUUCUGGUUCGGAAGAAGAUGACAGAACGCACGACGAGGCAACCGAUGUGAGUAGAUACAGGCUUUGGUUUGCAUUGAAAGGAUACGUUUCCGUUGUUUGUUCUAUAUUUGGUAGACCUAACCCCAUAGCAGUACAAGUUGGUAUGAGAGGAUCCAAUAGUACUUUGGGUCACAGUAUUCCAAACAAAACGGCUCACAUUCUUUUGAAAAUCGGUGUUUCCGAAUCAUUAAGAUUAUCCAACUUGAUGUUGAUUGAAAACUUUAUGAUUGAUUUUACCUUGCCUGAUUUGUUGAAUUUGUCUAAGAAAUUUGAUGAUGAAAUAAAGCUUCUUGAAGAUACAUACGAGGACAUCACCAAAGGUAGCACUUUUGUUGCUAUUCGUGACGAUAAAGUCAAUGACAAUGCUGAUAUUGACGUGGUCAACAAGGUUAAUGUUAAUGAUAAUGGUAACGAUGAUGGUGUUAAUGCGGAAGAGGAGGAGGAGGAGGAGUUGCAAUUAUCUGCAUCUUCAAAUGACAUUGACUAUUUGACUUUUGAUGAUUAUUUGGGACAACCGGCAAAGAUUUCAAGUUUGGACUUGCUAUCUGAUAUCAUUGUAUUGUACAUCAAUAAUGCCAAGUUGUAUGAGCCUUUUAUCAGCAAGUUUGAGAAUGUUGAAGGUUACGACCAGAUUGUUAAGAACCAGAUCCAUUCAGUGUCCAAAUUUUUGGAGUUACUCAACACCUUUGUGGAAAAGUUUUUGAAACAUUACAUUAGUGAGAACUUGAGAGAUGUUGCGUCUAGUGGUAAUGGCAAUUCUGGUGUAACAUCAAGCGAAGAUGACUCUAGACUCAAGAGUGAUGCUAGUGUCUCACAGCAAGCUUUGAAUCAUGGUCCGGUAAAGUUUGGUAAAUUGUUCAAAUCUUUUUACCCAUUUGUAAACUCUUUUAUUUGUCAAGGUAUCAUUGUGAUUUUCACAUUGUUGCAUUACAAAUCUAAGGAGUUUGUUGCCAAUGAUAAAGAUUCGCUAAUGAAUAAUGACUUUUUAUCACUAAUCGAGACUAAUCUCAACUCGUUGUUGAAUUUUGAACAGAGAUUAUCAACGAAAUAUAUCACUACUUCGAGGAUGUGGUCUUCUAAUAUGGUUUAUUUGAUCAAUCGGGUAUUAAACCUUAUCAAGUUGUUGUACGAGAAACAAGAAGAUGAGUCAAUUAUCAAUGAGUUGAAAAACAGGAAAGCUGAAGAAAGCAAAAACUCUUCUGCUGCAUCUUCAAAGUCAACAGAUUCCUCACCGGGAGAUAAUAUUGCACAAAAGAAUUUGCCGAUAACCACAGCGAGAGGCAAUUUAUCGUACUUGCUCAACACGAAUCCGUUUGGUGAUCCUUCGCAGUUUGAGUACCUCAAUGGGUUCCAUUUGAAUGAUCCCUUUUGGUUAACUGUACCUGACAAUUUGCCAUACUAUUUAGGCUCGGAUCAAUCUGAGGAAAUGGGUAGACAACAGAGCAGAUCUGUUUCUGGUUUCAAGUAUAAUCCAAUGAUGCAGGUUCGAUCCGAAAGUGCAAGUAAUGCAUCAAGAGGAGAAAGUCAAAUCGGUUCAGGCGGAGAAGGGCAGCAAACCACACAGGCUACUGGGUCUGCAGGCUCUACAGGCUCUAUAAAAAGCUCGACAAACUCUGCAAACUCUGCAAACUCUGCACAUUCUACACUUUCUACACAACCGGUGCAGUUAUCACACACAUCGUCAGUGUCAGGAAAUGCCGCUGGCCAGGGACCCAUGUUAUCUCAGCAACAACCAGAUAUGUUCAAUGAGCUCAAUACGAAUUACACAAAUUGGAAUGAUCCAAAUAUGAGACAAACACCAUCUUCUAGUUCGAAUACUCCCAGCUUGGGACUUGCAUCUUCUACAUUUGGGGAUGCUCGUAAAGCUGGUAUCGGGUCAUUUAGUGGCGUUUUACCACCUCCUAUUCCAACACCCUUAUCAUCACAGCUCCCACCACGUCAACCAACACCUAUACUGGCACAAAGAGCGCUGUUAUCACAACACCACUUGCAAAAUCAACAAGUACCGCUGCCACAACAACAACAGCAACAACAGCAACAACAGCAACACCCAUCGUUACCACCAUUGACUCAAUUGCAGCAACAACAACAACAACAACAGCAGCAGCAGCCUAGUUUUGUAGGUGGAGGAUAUAUGUUCCCUCAGCAAAUGGGGUUCAGCUCUACCUCGUUUGAGAAUAACGAACAACAACAACAACAACAACAGCAGCAGCAGCAGCAGCAACAACAACAAAGAUGA